UUUUAGUAGUGCUUUGAACAAAAGCAAAAUUAGCCGUUUCAGUCCUUCUUAAUGCAGAUCAUUUCGGGCUUGUGGCAAAAGUAGUCCACAUUGAGAAUUACCAUUCCUAACUUUAAAUGUUUAUACUCCAUCAAAGGACAAAAGAAGAAAAAUAAAGAGGGAGGGAGAGUAAGAUCUCUUCUGGUGAAGGUCCCAGGUGUUUUAUGAUUCAAACAAGGUGGUGUUGGCCACAAAAGUAUAAAACCACAAAGAAGAAAAAGCAGAAGGUUUCUUUCUUUUCGCCAUUUUUGGUCCCAUAUUUUUGUAUCUUUUUAGACCCAAGAAAAAUCAUAUUUUUACAAGGAAACCACUGAGAAAAAAAGGAUUAGAGUUUCUGGGUUUUGCAACUUUCAGUCAGCACUGAGUUUUGGGUUUUGUAUGAUCCCUUGAAUCUGCCCUGUUUUGCGUGUUGAAUGAGAUCCAGGCUGAAUGUGGUAAGAAGAAAGUUGUGUUCUUUUGGGCCUUGUAUUCCUGAAUAUUUACCAGGAAGGAUAAAGGCCAAAAGGGUUGGAGGAAAGUGCGUUUUUGGUCACAAGAGUCUGCAGAGAGUGAGUAAUUUGCAUAAAAAGGAGGAAAAAUUGCUCCUUUUUUGGAACUUUUUCUGGCUUUCUCUCUUUUUGGUGGGUGGAAAAUGAGAUUGCAAGUUGAAGCGUAAAAAUAGCAACAGAGGUACUUGGAAUUAUUCUCAGGUUUACUUAAUUAGUCCAUCUUAUAUUGCUUGUUGAAGUUGAUUUUUUCUCAAUUUUUGGAAAUUUGGAAGGGUUUUUUACUGACCUUUUUGUAGUUCUUACAGUUUGCGUUCACAUUUAUGAUUAGUUGGCAGUGAAUUUUUUUAGUUUAAAUGUUAGAAAUGCAGAGAACCCAUAUUUUGUAUUUUCCUUGUGAAUGUCGUUGGUGUGGUUUGAGAUCAGAGAGCAUGUGGAAUUUCUGUUCAUAGUCUGUAGGAUGAUGUGGUUGGAGUAGCUUUUGGUAUGCUAUUGUUGUAAUCUUGGUUCUGUUGAACAAUUAAGGUGCAUUUUUUAUGAUCCUACCCUUUUUUAAAGUUAUAUUUCAUUUGGAAUAGAUUACAUAGUGUUUGAGUAGGGGAGUAAUUCAGAAUGGCGAAAAAUGAACAAGAAAUGCGAUCGUUGGCCUUGAUUCCAACAUGGUCUGUUGCUACUGUGUUGACAAUUUUGUUGGCUGCUUCUCUGCUUGUUGAGCGCGGAAUCCAUAGGCUAAGCUCUUGGCUGCGGAAAACUGAUCGUAAGCCCUUGGUUGAAGCUGUGGAGAAAAUGAAGGAAGAGUUGAUGUUACUUGGGUUUAUCUCUCUCCUUUUGACGGCUACCUCAAGCAUGAUAUCCAAUAUUUGCAUUCCAUCAAAGUUCUACGAUAGCAGUUUAACACCAUGCUCUCGGUAUGAGAUUAAUGAAGAAAUUGAAAAUAAUUCGUCCCAAGAAAACCGUAUUCCCUGCAAAGAGGGUUAUGAACCAAUUGUUUCUUAUGAAGGCCUUGAGCAGUUGCAUCGCUUCAUCUUUAUCAUGGCAAUAACACAUAUAUCCUACAGCUGCUUAACGAUGUUGCUGGCAAUAGUGAAGAUUCACAGCUGGAGAGUGUGGGAGGAUGACGCUCGAAAGGACCGACAUGAUUCAUUGACUGAGAUCACACGGCAGUUGACAAUGCGAAGGCAGUCUAGCUUUGUAAAUCCGUCAACUCCUGUUGUCAGGAAUGACAUUUUUAUCUGGGCGAUAUGUUUCUUCCGGCAAUUCGGGCGUUCAGUGGUUUGUGCUGACUAUUUAACACUCCGCAAGGGUUUCAUCAUGAAUCACAACCUUUCGCCAAAGUAUGAUUUUCACAGCUAUAUGAUUCGGUCUAUGGAAGAGGAAUUCCAAAGGAUUGUUGGUGUAAGUGCCACACUCUGGGGAUUUGUUGUUGCUUUCAUGCUGCUUAAUGUAAAAGGCUCUAAUCUUUAUUUCUGGAUUGCAAUCAUUCCAAUUGCGCUAGUUCUGCUUGUGGGAAUGAAGCUGCAGCAUAUUAUUGCAACCCUAGCAUUGGAGAAUGCUGGUAUAACUGGAUCUCGUCGAGAAGCAAAGCUGAGGCCUCGGGAUGAUCUUUUCUGGUUCAAGAAGCCCGAACUUUUGUUGUCCUUGAUCCAUUUUUGUUUAUUCCAGAAUGCAUUUGAAUUGGCUACAUUCUUUUGGUUUUGGUGGCAGUUUGGGUAUAAUUCUUGCUUUAUCCGAAAGCAUUGGCUCGUGUAUAUGAGGCUGAUUUUAGGGUUCGCCGGGCAGUUCUUGUGCAGCUACAUCACCUUGCCACUGUAUGCCUUGGUUACUCAGAUGGGAACAAAUUAUAAGGCGGCAAUAAUUCCACAAAGGAUAAGAGAAACAAUUCAUGGAUGGGGAGAGGCAGCUAGAAGAAGAAGAAGGCUAGGCAUAUCCAACGAUGGUUCAACCAUACGCACAGAAACAAGCACAUUAGUAUCGCUCGAGGAAGAUGAUGAUCAAACGCUUGAUUGCCCUGCAGAUGAUGCUAAUACGCAUAAUGGAAUUGAAAUGCAACCGGUUUCUAGUUCUCCGGCCAGUCCUUGCCCAGUUGAUAACGAAACCUCAAGCACGCCAGCUACACCCCUUCUUCAAGCAUCGGCUUCUAUUUCUUCUUCAUCGGUUUCAUUGACUAUUCAAACAGAAGGUUUUCAAAGAUCCGCAUCAAUGCCAGCUAGAAGGGAAUGAAGCAUUGCUCAGCAAUGAUGGUAACGAAAAAUCGCAUGACUAAGAAUUUGGGAUCCAAUUGAAUGAGAAAGUAUUAGAAAUGGGAAUUGUGUAUAUUUUGCUUCCCUCCAUAUGUACUAUGAAAAAUACUUAAAAGGGCGUAGAGGUAAUAGAAUACUCGCGGGAUGUAACAAUGCGACACGAUAUUGCAGUUAGAAUGUAAAUAUUUGAUGUAAUAGCUAUAUAUAUGAAAUUUAGUGUGUCACUGACUAGUGAUCAAUGAUGCGAGCUUGGGGUGAUAUUCGAAUGUAACUUGACAAUGAGACAUCUUACUGGUGUUACUUAUCAAGGUGAUGAAUGUACCGCCGGGGCAAGUUUUUGCCCGGUUUGAUCAAA